UUUCUUUCGAUUUUAUAGACGGGCAAACAUUCAGUGUGAGACCGUGAAAGGCGUCGCGAAAACUGGGGAAUACAAGCCGGGGGAUCUUACAAUAGACACUAACAAAAUGUAUUCUUUCUGGAAUAAAGUAAAUCUUUACGGAAAAUGGCGGCUCAUUCACCCUAGAUAUGUUCUUCGGUCAUUUAAGGGCCACUUACAACCGUCUGGAUUAACUGAGAAUGAUUCAAGCGUCACAGAUGACCCAGAUUUACAGCAGACGCAAUAUGUGAGCACCUUCAACGAGUUUUGGUUCCUUUCCGACCCUGCAUUAUUUAUACACAAUUGUUACCCCGACAAUCCCGAGAAUCAGAUGCUUCCGGCAGUCAAAAGAAUAAGGAAUCCUCGUCAAUUCAUGAAAUUACCAUAUCUUACACCGGUGUUCCAUGAAUUCAAUCUUAAAAUGACAAGCGAGGAGACUUGUAUUGUCGACACCAUAGAUGGUCUCGCGAAAAUAUCGUUCAAAGCAAACAGGAAAAUAGCAAAGUCAAUGAUGUGUGACUUCUCACUAAGUCUAGACGAAAGACUUGGAACAGAUGCGUCACCAUUUGAUUUUGACUCUGCGAACCUUGUUUUCUCCUCCCGUAAAAAGAAUCAAUUUAUGUUUGAAGUACGAUGUCCCGUCGAGGCCAACUAUCUAAUUUCUAUUAGCGGUGGGGAUAUUGAAAGCAAAAGCAAGAAAGUUCUUAUUAGGAGUAAAAUUGUCUGCAAAGAAAGGAUUUCAGAUGUACGCACAUUACCGAUCGAUGCUGGACAAAUAGGUUGGGGUUUUGGGCCGGUAGCGACUAAAGCUGGCUUGUCAAAGCCAAAAAUCAGGGAACCAAAGCUUUUUAUUCAACCUAAAUCAGCAAGAGGUGGUAGAAAAACAACAAUUAAAAUGAGGUUCAGUAUUGACAAAGAGGCUGUAAAAAGAAAGGAAUAUCAAGCCGAAAUCUGUGCAGAUGGGAAACCGAUUGACCGGUCUAAAGAUUAUGUUAAGACAAAUAUCAAGUCAGGCGAGCUCCAGGUUGACUGCAGUGUCCCAAGUGAUGGUGAAUAUGCGUUGGUGAUAAAGGCCAAAGACCGCAAAGAACCAGAAUUCAACCCAAUCUGCAACUAUCUACUAACAACACUUGAAAACGAGGAAAAAGUGUGCGACGAAUACUUCGAUUCUUCCGACGGAACCUCGGAUAUUGACGAGGAAAUUAGCCAAUUACAAAACACAAUACAGGCAUUGACUGCUGAGAGGGAUAGACUUAAACAAGAAAUGCUGGGGCAAUAAAGAGACAAUCCAAUUGCGCGGGAAAUCAGCUUACAAUAUCAAAUGUAGCAGAAAGACUAUGACAUUUUUAUUUAUUGUGAGAACUUGUUUAAACAAUUUUGUUAGGCUUGCUCAGCGCUUUACAAAUACGUAUUAGAAACUUGCCGAACUUAUGAGAAUAUACAUGAAUAUUUUACUUACUUUGUAAGAAGAAAUACACAACAAAUACAAAAAGAUUUCGGUAUUUGCAUAAAUUGCUGAACUUAUAAUUAUUUAACGCUUAAAUAUAUUUUUUCUUUCUUCAAUUAAAGGUUUUUCUAAAACAGCGACUCAAAAGUUUCCCCACCCCUUUUUAGAAUCAGCUUCCCAGUAGCAUAAGGUAUGGCUAUUCCAAGAAGACUCGGUUAAGUUGCAAUUAAACUUAACUUCUCCACUAAUAAACACAUAUUUCAAUAAUGACAAGGAUGUCUUCAAAGUGUCUCACUAUCCUGAUAAUGUGUAUUUAUAGAUUUAAACUUAUUAUAAAAUCCACGUUUACGACGUGCACAUUUAUACAUAAACAAACAAUUCGAGAAAAAAAACCACCAACAACAAUAUAGCAUUUUUCAUUUUAUUAAUAUGAGAUAAAAACAAUAAAUAUGUACAAUAAUUGAGUAAAAAUGUACAUUUUUAUGGUAUUAAUAUCAAUAUGACACCAUCAACUCUGAAACAUUUUAUUUUAUUUGUUAUUCGUGUUUAGUAAAGAUGCUGAGGAAUUAUUCGAAGUUACAAAUUAAAUUUUAUGAAUAAUUCAAUUGAUUAAUAAUUUAAAAAAUGAUAAAGAAAAAUACAAGUAUGUACAUGGUUUAA